GUGAUGGGGGAUGGGUGGUAGGGAAGGGAAGAGAUGUCCUCAAAUCAAUAAAAUCACAAGGCUGACUCCCUAUUCCUUGCCAGUUAUUCCCAAAACAGCUGCCCGUUCAAGUCCGAGUGCACAUUUGAGCAGAAAACCUGUGCUCGGUCCGGGGCCAAGAUGGUGGGGGGCUUUCCGGACAAUUUAAUCGUGCCUUAGUUCGGUCUGGCGGCAUUAUUUCUGUACAACCCGCCGCAACGUCAGCGCCAUCAUGAAUUGGUGGAGGCAGCCGUCUAAUUGCAGGGUCAAGCAUAUCACUUGCCUUGUGAAGCCGCGCAAGUCAUCAAGUGCUUUUUUCGUGAUGCUUUCCUUUGUGGCAUUGCUUCCUGCAAAUGCCUUGGCUCCAAUUACCAGGUACCUCGAGGUAUAAGUAUACCCCUUGAUUCGGCCCCUGAGUGGUGUAGUUCACCACCAAUCCCCUCAUCCAAACACCAAAACACACAUACCGCUAUCACCAGCCCUACAUUGCAAGGCCAAUGGAUUCCUUACACGAGCAGCAGUUCCACAUCCGUGAUCUUCCCACGCGGACUGUCACUCUCUUCCCAACCAGAGCACAGGUUGUCAGAGACAUCAAAGAGGUUGCCCUGAAGCCGGGAGCCAACGAGAUCGCCGUGGUGGGAUUAUCUCCGACUGUUGACGAGGAAUCUAUCAAAGUCGAGGGCAUUGGUUCAGCCAUCAUCACCGAUAUCACCAUUGAGUUGCUCCCCAAUCGUGACAUCUUUGAGGAGAUCUAUCCUGAUUCCGACUCGGACUCGGAAGAGGACGAGUCCGAGGAGGAUGACGAGUUCACAAGGAAGGCCAACGACGAGCUCAAGGCAGUGCGUGACUCUCUCCAGACAUUGUAUGACAAGAGAGACCGCGAGGAUGAGAUUAUCGAGAGUGCUAUCAAUCGCCAAGGUUUUCUCGAGUCCUAUGGCCGCUCAUUGGAGAAGAAGAAGGGCAACUUCAACAUUGAUGACAGCCUCGAGAUGUAUCGCAAGGAGCGGGACAAGACCUUCGAGGAUAAGAUGAGCGCCACCAUUCGGAGGCGCAAGAUUGCCGCAGAGAUCGACAAGCUUCAGCUGGAGGAGGCACGGCUGCUCAAGUUGGAGGCAAAGGAACAGGCCAGGAUCAACAAGGCCAAAGCAAAAGUCCAAAGGGCAAAGGACAAGGUUAGAGCUCAGAAGCUCCGGCGCAGGGCCAAAAAGGAGAAGGAGAAGGCCCGCAUUCGCAAAGAGCGGGAACAGUUUUGGCCCAAAUCAUGCUAUACUAUCCGCGUCACGCUUGAUGCUACCAGUCUGUCCCCUUCCUCGUCACGCCGGAGCUCGGUUGUCAGCGCUGCUGAUGUCAAACUCGCCCCUGAAAAGCACAUGGAAGAUACCAUCACGUACUGCGAUCUGUCUCUCAGCUACGUCACCACGUCUGCUUUCUGGUCGCCCAGUUAUGAUUUGGCCCUGUCCACCACCACCAACUCGGCCAUUCUCUGUUUCGAUGCCCAGCUGACCAACAUGACCUCGGAGACUUGGACCAACGCCAAGGUGGUCCUGAGCACAUCGCAGGCUAGUUUCUCUGGCCUCCACGACGAGUCCCCAAGGCUUUUGCCUUGGCGGAUCAAGCUAGGUGGCCGCGCUGCCCAUUUUACCAGCGACCAAGCCAUUUACAGUCGUGAGGAGAGGACACAGAAAGAGAUAUGGAACGCGGCGCAAAAUAAUUCCCAGCAGCAAAAGCCGCGCGCUGAGCUGUUUGGCGUCAGCAAACCACAGCCACACCGUCAAUUUUACACGCAGGGUGGGGGGGAGGAGGUUGCUUUUGCUCUGCUUGGUAAAGCCUCACCACCUCCACCACCACCGAGCAACCCAGCGUCGUUAGCGUAUCGUAUAGAGGAACCAGACCUAGCGAAAGGGCUAAAUCUGCGCUCCGCAAACAUGUCGGCAAUGAGCAAACGCCGCAGGAGCGGAAAUCCCCCCGACGGUGCAGUGUCAGAGUCGAUGGAAUACGAAGACUACGACGCCCAAACCGUCCUCGAGCCCACCCCCGAGGUCUCCUUCCAGGACUCCUCCUUUGAGGAAACCGGCCUCACCGCCACCUACGACCUCCCCAACCCCAAGACACUGAGGCCGAGCUCGACCGCCUCCAAGCAGCGCGUCGCGAGGAUCACCUUCUCCAACGUCGUGUUCGCCAGGACCGUCGUGGCCAAGUACAAGCCUGCCGCGUACCUCAAGGCCAAGCUCCGCAACACGAGCAAGCUGACGCUGCUGAAGGGCCCGACGGGCCUGACGCUGGACGGGACGUUCAUGGGCCGGUCUACGCUUCCGAGGUGCAGCGCCGGGGACAUGUUCAAGAUCCCGCUGGGUGUUGACCCUGCCAUCAAGGUUGCCUACCCCAAGCCGGAGGUCAAGAGGAGCACCACCGGGGUGUUCACCAAUAGGAAUAACAGCGUUUACACCCGGGCGAUCACUCUGGUCAACACGCGGGCUGCUCAAGGGGCCAAGCCGGUCGAGGUGUUGGUGUUGGAUCAGGUUCCCGUCAGCGAGGAUGAGAAGCUGAGGGUGGAGCUGCUGCACCCGAGGAUGAGCGUCAGCGGAGAGGGUAUGUCGGCCGGAGUGCCGGGUAAGGACGGGAAGGAGGAGGCCAACUGGGGCAAGGCGGUGUCGUUUUUGAAGAAGGGCGGGGAGGUGAACUGGGAGGUGGUGCUCAACGCGGGACGGAGCGUCAAGUUGACGUUGGAGUACACCAUCGAGAUGCCGUCUGGGGAGAAGGUGGUGGAGUGCUAGUGGCUUGCUUUCCUUCUGUCAAGGAGACGCCGAAUGAUGGCGUGUUUAUCUUUCCAGAACCAGAUAAGAAAGGGGAAGAAAAAGUAAGGUCAAGUAGUUUUCUUUGAGCGAGGUUUAGCUGAAGUUCCAGCAGGGGUGUGCGUCUUAUUGGUUGAUAUACGGUUGGGACGGGAUGUGAUAUAAGGCAAGUACCGUUUAAGAUAGGCGAAUGCAAGCGUUUCCAAACCUCUGGGAUUGCCA